GGAAAUUAUGGAAUUGAGUUAGUCGUCGCACUGCCAGACUCCUCGACUCGACUCCGGAAAACAUGGCUGGCAUUUGUCCCCGGGAGGCGGUUCGGGUGAAAGUGAAGAAAUGCGAACCCACAUCCGCUCGGCCGGAGUGGCGCAAGUUCUCCGUGGACCCGCAGAUCACCACUCUGGAGGUUCUCUACUCCCUGCUCGCCAAGGCCUUCGACGUCAAGUCGGACUUUAGUAUCAAGUACAAGGCCUUCGAUCCGGCGGGCAACGAGAUCUAUCUGGCCGUGCGCUCCGACUGGGAUCUGGACGCGGCCUUCCUGCGGAUCCACAACAUAUCCAUUCAGACGUCCUCGGAGCCCUGCCUCAUCCUGCAGAUCGAUGUCAAACCCUUUACGGUGGUCAGGGAAUGCGAGCGGGACAUGGCCUCUCCGGGUAAAUCCUCCUCGGUAGCUGGUGCACCUGCCGCUGCUGCUGCUACUCCCGCCACGCGGGAGCUGAUGUCACCUCUGCAAUCCCUUGGCGUCUCCCAGAAGUACGUGCAGCACAUGCAAACCAAGCUGGGCAGCUCGAUCCUGAACCAGAUGGAGAAGACCUUCUCCAUCGUGCAGAAGGCGUUUAAUUUGUCGGAGGAGCACAUGGCCAACCUACCGCCACGACCGCCCAUGUGCGACAGCGAGUUCCGGCUGUUCCUGGACGCCCUGGGCCAGAUUCAACGCAAGGACGAGCUGCACAGGGUCAUCUUCCUGGGCGGCAUUGAUCCCAGCCUGCGGCGCGUGGUGUGGAAGCAUCUGCUCAACGUUUACCCGGGUGGCGCCAAUGGGCUGGCCCUCGACGGCCAUCAGCGGAUGGAGUUCAUGCGUCGCAAGUCGGAGCAGUACUGCCGCCUGCGGGACACCUGGAAGGCGGCCGUGAAGCGAGGCAGUGUGGCCGGCGAGCUGGCCUACGUGACCAGCAUGGUCAAGAAGGAUGUGCUGCGCACGGACCGCCUGCAUCCGUUCUAUGCGGGCAGCGACGACAAUCAGAAUAUCGCAGCGCUCUUCAACAUCCUCACCACCUAUGCACUCAAUCACCCGACGGUGUCGUAUUGCCAGGGCAUGUCGGACAUUGCCUCCCCUCUGCUGGUCACCAUGAACGACGAGGCGCAGGCCUACAUCUGCUUUUGUGCCAUAAUGGCGCGAGUGCGCGGCAACUUCAUGCUGGACGGGAUUGCCAUGACCCAGAAGUUUGCCCAUCUCACGGAGGCACUGAGCUUCUAUGACCCCGAAUUCUGGGAGUACCUCAAGUCGCAGCAGGCGGACGAUCUGCUCUUCUGCUACCGCUGGCUGCUGCUGGAGCUGAAGCGGGAGUUCCCCUUCGAGGAUGCCCUGCGCAUGCUGGAGGUGCAGUGGAGUUCGCUGCGCUACCGGAGCGGCGGGGAAAUUGAGCUGCCGCUCUUUGAAAAGGAAUUCAUCCCUAUCAAUGAGGCCUCCAUGCCCAACAGCGCCAGCACCUUCUCCAGCUCGUACAGUGCUACGCCGACCAGUCCCUCCUAUCUGCUGACCAAGCCUCGCGAGAAUCCCUACACCAAAGUAUGCGCUCUGCGCCGCCAGAGCUCCUCGGCCUCUCUAAGCUCACUGAGUUCAUCGCUGGGCACCGGUGGUCAAGCCCUGGACAAUACGAAACGGUUGAAUCACAGCCUGGACGACAAUAUGUCGCGUCAUGCGACUGCCGCUGCUCGCCGCCAGAGACGCACUUCUUCCAAGGUUCAUCAGAGCCUAGACGAAACAAAAAUGAUGGCGCUAAUCGAGGGCGCCAUGGACAACACGGCAGUGAAGGCGGCCCAAGAGUUGUCCGCCGGCGAGGAGACCGAAGAUGACGAUGUAUUUGAUAGGAAGGAGUCGCCCAGCUUCCUGGAAACCAAUCCGUUUAAGGAUGAUGCGCAGAGGGCGCCAGAAAAAGUGACACCUCCUGUUUCGCCGAGUCGCGCUUUUCUGUGCAGUUCCUCCUCUUCAAACCUAGACGAGGAUCCCAGAGAGAGAAAGUCCAAGGCGCAGCACAAUAAUAUCCUGACUGUUAGUAAUAUCAUAGCCAAACAGCUGGCCACGAAUGCCAGCCAAGUGAGCGAAAGUAUGAAGCGAGUGAGUAACUCCAGCGGUGGCCACUUCAAGGAUCUCAAGGAAAAGCUGGCGGCCACUAGUCGCAUGGGACUCUCAUUUGAUGGCGAAGCGGAGGACGAUGGCGAGCGGAAGAUGCCGCCAAAGCUUGUGAAGAACUUCAACGAAUUCCUAAAUUUUGCAACUAUAAAUAAAAAUCGAAUAUCCGAUCGAUUUGCCAGUCAGCCAACAGCUCCGGCUUCGGUGACCAAACCGCUUGUUCAGCUCACCAAAAGCGGAAUGGGCGGCUCCCUGGACGAGUCGGAUUCCUCCUCGCUGCCGGAGACCAGUUGGAGUGCCUCAACAGCCGCGACGGCCAUUCAACAGGCGCAGGACUUGAGUAGCUACAACUUGCAGCUGGAUUUGGAGAGCAAUCAUCCGUGCGAACCGGACGAUUCGAACACACCGGAUCAAGAACAGGAUCCCGACCAGGAGUACUACCCCAUGACGACGGCCAUAACUCGUGAGCUGCGCCUGGAGGCCGAAAAUCUGGAUCGUCAGGUCUUCGGGCUGCCCUUCACGGAGACCGAGAAGCGGGACGACAUCGAGUACGAGAAGCUGGACAAGGACGCACUGGACUUGGUGGAGGAUCUCAAGGAGAACGAGAUCAUCACCUGUCCCGAUGUCAGCGAGCUGCAUAUGCGUCGUCGCCAGCGACUGGCGGCCAAGAGCAACAGCGUCCAGCAAAACGAGUCGCAUGCCUUUAAUCCCUUCAUCGACGAGAGCCAACUUCUCACGGAUGGCCACAAUCCGCUGGGCAUGCGGAGCAGCAGCAGUCUGCCCGAGGUCAUCCUGCCCAUUUCCACGGAGCCCAGUUUGGUGGAGGUGUCGCCCUUGGUGGAGAUCGCCACGAAUGCCGACGAUGAGAGCGCCUACACGAGAUCCCCGCAGCGUUCAAGCCACUUGAAUGGGGUCAGUGGGCUGAAUGCCACGGCGGCUGCGCUGCCUCCGCCCUCGGAAUUCGGCGGAGGCAAUGCCUUCCUCAUGUUUCUCUGCCUCACCCUGCUGCUGCAGCACCGGAACACGAUCAUGAAGGCCGGCAUGGACUACAACGAGAUAGCCAUGCACUUUGAUAAGAUGGUGAGGAAACACGAUGUCACCCGGGUGCUCAAUCAGGCCAGGCGGAUGUUUGUGGAGUACCUCAAGGCGCAGAGCAGCCCUCAGCGCCAGAGAUCUCCGAAUGGCUCUGUUUCCACGGGAUCCUCGGGCGCCAACUUGACUGCCUCGAUGCCGGCGUAAGGUAUUCCUUAGUGUUCCCACAGUUUGGACUACCCGUUAAGUUAACCAACUUCCUGAGUAUCUAUCUCCAUGCUAGAUUUUAUUUUGAUUUAUGAUGAUGAAAUAUU